CAAUUACUUUAAUGAAUAUGCAAAGAUUUGAAGAGUCAUUGAAUUAUUAUGAUUUAGCUAUUUAAAAAAAUCCAGAAAAUGCAGAUUAUUAUAAUGGCAAAGGUAAAAUGUAAAUUACUAUUUUAAAGCAAUUACCUUAUGCAAAAUGGAUCAAUUUGAAGUGACACUGAAAUAUUUUGAUUAAGCCAUAAAAUAUAACCCUUAAAUUUCAGAAUAUUACAACAACAAAGGUAUCAUUUACUAUUUGAUUUUCAUAUAGCUAUAACAUUAUACAAAAUGAAUAAAUUUGAAAAGGCAUUGGAAUAGUAUAAUUUAGCUAUUUCAAAAAACACUGAAAAUUCAUAUUAUUACUAUUGUAAAGGUAAAUGAUGAGUUUAUCAAUUCUAAGCAAUCACUUUACAUAAAAUGAAUAGACUUGAAGAAGCAUUGCAACACCAUGAUCGAGCCUUUGAAUUAAAUCCUGAAGUUCCAGAUUAUUUCAAUACCAAGGGUAAUUUAAGAAUUCAUAUUUUUUUCUAGCAAUUAUAUUAAGUAGGUUAAAUAAAUUAAAUGAAGCUUUGGAAUAUCAUGAUAUAGCAAUUUAGAAAAAUCCUGAAAAUUCAGACUAUCAUAAUUGCAAAGGUAGAAAAUAUAUUUGGAUGAUUUCUUAGCUUAUACUCUAAAAAAAAUGAGCAGGUUAGAAGAAACUGUGUAAAAUUUUGAUUUAGCAAUACAGAAAUUUUAAGAUGAGUCAAAAGGUAAAGGUAUAAUUAAUUAUGAAUGAAUUCUUAGCUCAUGCUAACAGUUAAGAAAUCGU